AUGAUUGGAAUGAAUGAGUCCAUGGUUUCAGAAUUUGUGCUUUUGGGACUUUCCCACUCACAGAAUCUUCAGGUCUUGCUCUUUGUGAUAUUUUUGAUACUUUAUCUGCUCAUUGUUUUGGGAAACAUUGUCAUCAUGAUCUUAAUAACCAUUGACCGCCAUCUGCAUUCCCCUAUGUACUUCUUGUUGGCCAACUUGUCCUUUGUUGAUAUAUGGCUUUCUUCAGUUACCACUCCAAAAAUGGUCACAGACUUUCUCAGGGAACACAAGACCAUUUCCUUUGAAGGAUGCAUGUCCCAGGUCUUCUUUGCCCAUUGCAUUGCUGCAGGAGAGAUGGUGCUCUUGCUGGUUAUGGCGUAUGACCGCUAUGUGGCCAUCUGCAAACCACUCCACUAUUUCAACAUCAUGAACCUGAAAAGAUGCACUGGAUUGGUGUUGACUUCCUGGACCGUUGGCUUUGUACAUGCCUUGAGUCAGCUUGUAGCAGUUCUGCAGCUACCUCUCUGUGACCCACUGGAAAUAGACAGUUUUUUCUGUGAUAUGCCACUCGUAAUCAAGCUAGCCUGCACGGAUUCCCAUGAUUUGGACAUUUUAAUGAAUGCUGACUGUGGGAUUGUGGUUGUAUCUUGCUUUAUUAUGUUGCUCAUAUCCUAUACUUAUAUUCUUCUCACUGUUCGCAGGAGCUCCAAAGCCGGGGCGUCUAAGGCCCUGUCCACAUGCACUGCCCACAUCACUGUGGUGUUGCUCCUCUUUUUGCCCUGCAUCUUCAUCUAUGUCUGGCCCCUCAAUAUCACCUGGUUGGACAAAUUUCUUGCUGUGUUUUAUUCUGUUGUUACACCCCUCCUAAAUCCAGCCAUUUAUACACUGAGAAAUAAAGAAAUAAAAAAUGCUCUAAAAAGAUUAAAAAGCUCUUUUAUGAAUCACAAGGUAAAUACUUAA